CCGCCGCCGCCGCCAACGCCGCCGCCGCCGCCACCACCGCCACCCGUCCCCGCUGCUGUCUGGCGGGGGAGGAGCUGGAGACCCGGGAGCAGCGGCUCUGGCGGUCGUGGCGGUCAGAGGUACAAGAGCUCUGCUCCCCCGAAGAUCUUGCGAGUGUCCCGACUGGGUCUACACCUGACAGUCACUGGAAUGCUACUCCAGGCCUUAGAAGAAAGUGAAACUAAUUUUAAAGGCCCCUAUUCUUUCUGUUACCUGCCUGCUGAAGUGAAAAUAAAUCUCCUUGCUCCUUUUAUUCUGAACUGAUUUGACUGUCCCAUCUCAAAAGCGUGUGCAGGGAGCCAGGAGCCUUUCACCCACGCCCCAGCUGUAUUGGAAACCUUCCUAAGUCAGAGCAAUGGGUCAGGAAUCUAGCAAGCCUGUGUGGCCCAAACCAGCAGGAGGGUAUCAGUCCAAUACAGGCAGGAGAUAUGGAAGAAGGCAUGCUUAUGUCAGUUUCAGGCCAUCCACGAGCCAGCAGGAAAGGAUUUCCAGCCAGAGAAAGACGACAUCUGAAGUCCCAAUGCACAGAUCAGCCCCCAGUCAAACUACCAAGAGGAGCCGAUCACCAUUUUCCACCACUCGUCGUAGUUGGGAUGACAGUGAGAGCUCAGGAAGCAGUCUGAAUAUUGAUAAUGAGGACUAUUCCAGUACUUCCAGAUGGAGGGAUACUGCCAACACUGAUGAAGUCCACUCAGAUGGCCUCGCAAGAAGAGGCAGAGGUGAGAGUUCGAGUGGCUACUCUGAGCUGAAGUACCCUGAAGAAAAGAGGGAAGCAAGGAAUGACCAAGUGAAACCAGAAAAGGUGCCGAGACGACGACGAACCAUGGCCGAUGCUGACUUCUGGACCUACAGUGACGAUUACUACAAAUACUGUGAUGAAGACUCUGACAGUGACAAAGAGUGGACUGCUGCUCUGCGUCAUAAGUAUCGAGGUCGAGAGCAAAAUCUGUCCUCAAGUGGUGAAAGCUGGGAGACUCUACCAGGGAAAGAAGAGCAUGAACCUGAGCAACCGAGAGCGAAUGCCAGUGCCAGCCCCAGCCCCGGUGCUAGUGCCAGUGCUAGCAACAAUGGCAGCAAUUACCUUGAAGAAGUUGGAGAAUCAUCUCUUCAGGAGGAGGAGCCAGCAUCCCUGGAAGAAGGAGAAAUUCCUUGGCUCCAGUACAAUGGAAAUGAGAGUAGCAGCGAGGGGGAUAAUGAUUCUGGUCAUGAGUUUAUGCACCCUGGAGUAUUCAUGCUGGAUGGAAACAACAACCUUGAAGACGACUCCAGCGUGAGUGAAGACCUAGAAGUGGAUUGGAGCCUCUUCGAUGGAUUUGCAGACGGAUUAGGAGUGGCUGAAGCCAUUUCCUAUGUGGAUCCUCAGUUCCUUACCUACAUGGCACUUGAAGAACGCCUGGCUCAGGCCAUGGAAACUGCCCUUGCACACUUGGAGUCGCUGGCGGUGGAUGUGGAGGUAGCCAAUCCACCAGCGAGCAGGGAGAGCAUCAACAGUCUUCCUGAGAUCCUGGUCACUGAAGAUCACAGUGCAGUUGGUCAGGAAAUGUGUUGCCCCAUCUGUUGCAGUGAAUAUGUGAAGGGGGAGGUGGCUACUGAGCUGCCAUGCCACCACUAUUUCCACAAGCCAUGUGUGUCCAUCUGGCUUCAGAAGUCAGGCACCUGCCCUGUGUGCCGCUGCAUGUUCCCUCCCCCACUCUAAAGACCAAGGCUGUUUACUCCUGGUCUGAUUAUUUUCCCCAUCUGAAAGCCACAAUACUGCAGGAGCCCUCUCAAAAUUAACAAUUGAAGUGAAACCAAUCAGUCAAUUAAACUAAACCUGUUGAUUCCUUGUGAUUGUUUCCAAUGUGAAAAUGGUUGUGUAUGAUUGCAUUAAAAUCAUCUUGUCUUUUAGAGGUUAGAAAGAGAAAACUAAACUUUCUAAAUGCUACUUGGAAUUGCAGUAACAACAUAGAUUUUCUAACCUGAAAGUUGAAAUAAGUUGCGUUUGUUUUCUCCCGUAGAAUAUGUUGCUGUUAAUUGUAAUGUCAAGUUUGUUAACUAUGUCCAAAAGACAGUUAUUUUUGUUGCAUGUUAUGGGUUCCUGUAAUUGCAGUUCAGUAAAGCUUAUUAAAGUUCUGCUUUUGGUUUUACAUCGUAUAAUGGAAUUGUUUGGUUUUGUCAUAACAGCGGUAACUGAGUGACUUUAUAAUUGAUCCCUUGCAUUUGCGUCAAAGGUAGAGCUUUUUGAUGUUCCCAACAGUAGGAAAAAAAAUAGUUUCAUUGAAAAUGCUCACUGAACAACAGCAAAAAAUUAAGGGUGAUUAUUUUUUAAAGUAGGAACAAAGUUUAUAAUUGGCAAGGUACUAUAGGAGAAAAAGGUUGAAUAAAGAAUACUCAGUCUAUGGGAAAGAAAGAAACACUGAGAAAGCAUGAUAAAAAAUAAACAGCAAUGGUAGGAAUGAAUCCAGACUGAUUAUAGGUAUGAAUGGGUUAAAAUCACGUUUUGGAAAAUAGAAACUUUCAGAUGGAAUGGGGGGAAAAUAAAGCUUUAUGCUGAUUACAUGCCUUAUUACAGUGAUACAAGAAUAGAAAACUAUAUACUUGUCAAAUGCUACCGAUAAAAGGCAAAACAGGUACCUACCUACACAGAGUGAACAAGUUUUAACAUUGUCAUAUUUGCUUCAGAUCUCUCUCUCUUUCUCUCCCCCCUUUUCCUCCUUCUCUCUCUCCCUCUCUCCCCAAUAAAUAAACAUUUUCAGGCACAGGUGAAGUUUCUCACCUCAUCACAUUUACCUUCUUCCACAGAGGUAAGCACUACCCAGGAAAUGGUGUGUUUACUUCUUAUCUAUUUUUGUAGACAUAUGUAUGUGCGUGUGUAUCUGUAUGUGUAUAUAUAUGUAUAUGUGUAUAUAUAUCCAUAACCAACAUAGGGUAUAUUUUUUAAAUGGACAUAAAUGAUAGAUUGUACGUAUCGUUUUACAACUUGAUUUUUUCACUCAACAUGGUUUUCGAGAUUUAGCCAUUUUGAUAUAUGUAGAUCUAGUUUAUGCAUUUUAACUGCUGUAUACUAAAUAUUCAAUUGUGUGAGUUAUCACAGUUUAUUUAUCUGUUCCCCUAUUGAUGGACAUUUAGGUU